CGCUGGCGGAGCAGCGGCCUGCAGCGUGGCCCUCCUCCUGUGCGCUGCCAGUCAAGCAGCAUGCAAUGACCGCCUCAGCGGAAAGCCUCGUUCGCACGCAGCCAUCGCCGCACUCCAUGGUCCGUGCUCAGACAGCGGGAGCGUGCCGACAGCGAGCGAGCCCCACGGUGCGAGGCGCUCAGUUCAAGUGCGCUUCGCGGCAAGCGGAGUGCGAGCGCUGCGCACUGCUCUCGACCAAGCUGCAGAGGAGCAACCGCGCGCUGCGGGCAGCGCAGGAGGAGAGGGGCCAAGCCCUCGCCAUGCUGUAUCAAGCGCAGGCGGAGGACGUGAGGGGCGGCGCUCAGCGGCCAGCAGAGGCGUCUCCAAGCCGGCCAGAGCUGACGCGCCGGCAUUCGGCAAAGGCGGCACAGGAGCUGGCGGCGGCAAAGGCCGAGGCCUCAGACCUACGAGAACAGGUGGCUUCGCUGUUUGCGCGGGCAGAGCUGCUUGAGACAAAGCAUGCGGCCAGGGAAGCGGAGCUCCGGCAGCGCCUGGUAGCGUCGGAAGGCAAGUCCUCGCGCCUGCAGCUUGCGCUCCAAAGCUCAGGUGCUCACGGGCGGGCGUCGCGUGAGGAGCACGAGCAGGCCAAGAGGGCGGCAGAAGAGGCGCGGCGAGCGCAAGAGCACGCAGUCAGCUGCGAUCUCGAGCGCUUGGCGGCUUCCCUCGUCGAGACGGAGGAGCGGCUGCGCCGCAGCGAGGAGGAGCGCGAGCGCACAGCUUCCGAGGUGCUCUCCGCACGUGAGGAGGCCGACCAGGCUGCCCGCGCGCUGGGCGAGGCGAGCGAGGCAAGGGCGCGGCUGGAGGCCCAAAGCAAGGACAGGAUCCUCGAGCUCGCCACCACCAAGGCGGCGAUUGAAGCCGAGCACGUCGCGCAGGUCGCAUCGCUGCAAAAGCGGCACGAGGCUGAGCUGGAGAUAGAAGUGCAUAAGGCCGUGCGGCGAGCGGAGGCGGAGGCGCAGGCGGCAGCCGCCGCGGUGGCGGCUGAGACGGAAGCGGCGGCGGCACGGCGGCACGCCGAAGACUUGCUAGGUUCGGUGCGCGUCGCCGUGCUGGCGCCGUGCGUUCGCCUCGUCGUCAAUGAUCACGAGGCAUUGCGGAUCGGCAGUCCCACCCAGGUCGAUUUUGAUGCGCUCGCUCGCAUGAUUGAGGCGGAGGUGCUUGCGCGCUGGACUCGACUCUGCGGCGUGCCGAGCGAUCUUCCGGCCGACGCUCAGUUGGCUGCAAUGCGCGACGGAAGCCUCUUCCCUCACAUCCUCCUGGAGGAGCACAUGCAGAGGGUGACCGAAGAGGUGAGUGGGCGGCUGUUGAGAAUGAUCCACGCCGCAUAAAACGGCCUCACGAUAUUCACGUAUCAGUCGGGAGUGUGGAAUAUGUGUCUUCUGUGUGCGCUUUUAUCAUUUGACUCAUCUUGCUUAGCAGU